AUGGCGCUCACCGCCGCCUACGCUAUGCUCCCCGACCGCCGUCUCAGCGCGCUCCUGCACCACCCGGCCCCGACCUACCUCGCCCACGCACACGCCCCGCUCGCCGCGAAUGCCGCCACCAGCAGCACGAGCAAGGCGAGCUCGCCCGGCCACCCGCCGUCGCGUGGCUCGCCGAUGGCCUUCCCCGCGUCGUCUUCGACGUCCUUUGCGUCCCAGUGGAACAGCAGCAUCGGCCUCGAACGCGUCCCGGACACGUCCUACGGCCACUCUUCGAUGGCCACCAACCCCACGCCCGCGUCGCUGUCCAGCUACCUGAACUCCAGCGCGUCGCUGAGCACCCAUUCCUGGAGCAGCCACAGCAGCCAGGGCCCGUACUCGGAGCCGGGGCCCGGCGACGGCCCCAGCGCGUCGCUCCACGCAGUUACGCAUGGCACGCUCUCGAAUUCGCCCGGCGCAAACUCAAACAGCGCUGCGCCUUCAUUCGCAGACGGCGGAGGCAGCCCCAGCUUCGGUGAUUACGCCCAUGACCGAUUUUCCCUGCCCGCCGCCACCAGCUCGACGCCCACCGCGAGCCCCCAGCCCCCCGCGCGCGCCGCUCAUUAUAGUCGCGUCCUGGGCCCCGGCGAGGCGCACUCGCCCCUGCAUCUGCACUCCUCGUCCCAGCAGCACGCCUCUCUGGCGUCGAUGGCCUUCGGCCUGCCCGAAUCGUCCCAGCGCACUAUUUUGGGCCACGGAGCCGCCGGUGGGGCCGGCGCCUCCUCCUUCUCCUCUGCCGCCUUCGCCCCCUCGCACUCGCCCUCGCCGCCCGCCGCGUCCGGCUCAAACUCGCCGUACGCGUUCCCGCCGCCGUCCCCGCCGUACCGCGCGCGCAGCUCGGGGCGCACGCACGCGCAAAAUCAUCAUUACGCACAGGGGGCGGCGCUCUACGCGCUCCCGCCGUCCCCGCUGCCCGUCCUCCCCCCGCUGCCCCCCGCCCGCAGCCCGCCCCUGGUGAAGAAGGAGCCGCAGGACGGCUUCAUCAUCGAGGCGUUCUCGCACGCCGCGCCCGCGCAGCCCGCCGCGUCGUCGUCCUCGUCGUCGUCGGCGCAGCACGCCGAGCCCAUGUUCCUCGACCCGCCCGUGAGCAUCUACGCGCUCAACAACACCGCGAGCAGCGUCCCCCUCCGCGCGACGCAGGCGAGCAAGGAGAUGCGCAGGAUGAUGGGCGUGUUUCGGCUGGACCCGUUCGCGGUCACGUCUGGGGGCGUGCAGUUUGCGGGCGACGGGGGCGACCCCGAGGGCGGCGGGUGGCGCUACGAGGACGAGGCGGGCCCGCUGGCGGACGAGCCGGUGCUGUUGGAGUGGCAGGUCGACGGGUGGGUGUGCGAGGUCGACCCGCAGGACGAGGAACAGGACCUCAUUCCGUUCGAGGAUAUGGACGAGGACGUGGUCGAGGAGAGUUAUCGGUCGACGCAUAGCAGUCAGAAUCACGGCCAUAGCCAGCGGUGGAACGCGAGCUCGAGAGAGGAGCUCACGCUCGCGGACGACAUCCUCUACCCCUCGGGAAAAGGCCUACCGAAUACGUACACGUACGCGACCACCUCCCCGCACACGCCCCUCGCCCUCCCCGCCGCGAGCCCCGUGACGAUCCCGACGCCCGUCUCGCUCGCGCAGCUCUCCCACUCGCCGUCGAUCGCGAACCUCGACCACCCGUCGCUCUCGUCGUACACGCCCGGGCCGUCGCUCUCGGGGUUCCUCAACCCCGCUCGGGGGCGGGGGUGGGAGGAGGGCGGCGGCGGCGGGGGGUAUUAUACGGGGAGCGGGGGUGGGGGAGGGAACGGCGGCGGGGGUGGGUAUGAGGCGAUGGGGCGGAGGGGGUGGUUGGGCGCGCAGAAGGCUUAUAUGUAUGACGACUCCACGAAGAAUAAGAAUAUAGAUAACGAGGCUAGACAGUCGUGA